CUGACACUGGAUCACUGGAGCGCAGGGAGGAGCAGACAGCUGGAGAGCCUCACUUUUCAACGCAGGAAACGAUCCACAACUCCUGGACUACUUUUGUGUGUGUGUGUGUUUUGGAAAAGUUUGUCAGAAAGGGAAGCUCGUGUGUGUCAGCUGUAUGGAUUCGUCUGUGAGCUGAGGGAUGUUUGUGUCAGAGCAGCAGUUGCCACAUGCUGCCCGGAGUGUGUGGAAGUGUGUGGGUUAGUGUGUUCGGGAUGGAAAAGUGGGGCUGGCACGACCAACAGCUCCUCUCUUAGUUUUUACGCCAUGGGGGGUUGCCAUAGCUACCCCUCAGCUACAAAGGCAGACAGCAAGACUCUUCAGCCUUCUGACAUCAGCAGUGAGAAACUGGGAAUUAAUAACAAUAAUCUGGAGGAGCGUCCAUAUCUGCAGCAGCAGUAUGUGAGUCAGCGGAUCACCCACACAGACGUGUUCGCCCUCACAGUGCUGCCGCCCGGCGUCGACCAGGCAGAGUGGCUCGCCAGCAACACUGUGGCGUUCUUCAAGCACAUAAACCUGUUCUCCAGUGCACUGUCUGAGUUCUGCACUCCCAGCACCUGCCCAACUGCCUGUGGACCGGGCAACACGGUUUAUGUUUGGACCGAUGACCACGGCAGGAAGCUGAAGUGCUCUGCACCACUUUACUUUGACUACGCCAUGUCGUACAUUCAGGAGCUACUGACUGAUGAGGAUGUGUUCCCCACAAAAGCAGGCUCCGUGUUUCCCACAGGCUUCGUCUUUCUCGUCCAGAAGGUGUUUUUGCUGUAUUUCAGGACUCUGGCUCACAUUUACUGGUCUCACUACAGAGAGACGCUCGCACUGGGCCUGCACCCCCACCUCAACACGCUCUUCACACACCUCACACUCUUCUGCCGGCAGCACGCCCUGUUGGAGGCGGAGGACAUUGAGCCCCUGCAGGACCUCAUCACAGCUCUGGGACAGCAAGGCUGGACCUAAAGCGCAAACACUCGUAUUAUGCACACACAUUUUCACACACUUAUUCACUUGUUAUAUCUGCUUAUAAAGCUAUAUAGUGACUCUCACCACUCUGGGCCAAACUUCAUAGUAUGGAUUUUCUUUGUAAAGGUCUGGAAGUUGUAAAAUAGAAAAGAAAAUGCUGUUUUUGAACAGUAUGUGGGAGAAUGAAUGAGUCUGUUGUGCUUUAAAAAGCAUUAAUCAGACUAGAUCAGGAGACUCCAGCUCCUGUUGUAUAUAGUUUUUAUCAGGUAUCAUGAUACUGUGUGAAACUGUAAUACUGCAUGUGAGUGUAUUUUAACAUAAUGGUGCAUUAUUAUAUUUUGAUAAGGUCAAGAUCUUCAAGGUUGUUUAUGUCUCCCCCGUAGACAUAACACAGUAAUAAAAAAAAACACUGAAUUCUCCUCUGCCAUCUUUUCCUAUAAGACACCAACUGACUCAGACAGUUGGCAGUUAUUAUAAACAAAACGUGCCAUCGAGGGUGGCGUGUUGAUGAAAAUGUGACUACAUUGUUGUGGCUGCAUCUGCAUGGAACGACACAGCUUAUUUCUGCAUCUUCACAUAUGAUUCUGUACUCUGUAAUAAACAUUUACAACAA